AUGAAUUGCCAGAAUUGUCGUUCGCCCUUGAAGCUCCAUAGCUCACUCGAGGAUCUAGAUCCUGCUUCUUACGAUUUACUCGUUGGCUCCACUGGCCAAACAGUCGAUACCUCUUUAACGCCCACUAGACUGCCGUAUGGAGAAGACAGGAAACAAAGAUAUGAUGAAGCCACUAAGAAUGCAUCGGCACCGAUAUUCAAGCGUACGAUACCUGCUGCGCAACAGAGCUUCCCCGCCGAGAGGUCGAUGACAGCUUCGACUCGGAACGACCCAUCCAUGUCCUUUGCUCUGCUCACAGAGUCUGAAGUGAUGCCAGCACGAAGGGCAUCAUCGAAGCAACUCGGCGACGGACAACAUGAUCCUGCGUCUAAAGGAACGAAGGAGGAAGCAGACUUAGACGACGCAAAUAACGUCGUCGUCGAUCCUAUUGAGGCUUCCACACGACUUUUUGAGAUCCUCUCAUCCCGUUCAGAUAUUGAUCAUCCCAUAUGCACGGAAUGUACGGAGAUCUUAUUGACACAACUGAAGACGCGGUUGGAUAGUUCGACGAGAGAACGGGAUGCCUACAUAUCUUUCCUCAAGGGCCUCAACAAUUCAGCACCAACACCCGAGGAGGUGGCAAAGGCAGAAGAGUCGCUGGCCGAGUCAAAAGCAGCUGAAGUCAAAGCUUUUGCUGAAUUGCAGGCGUUGGAAAAAGAGAAGGCAGACCUGGACGAGGAAAUAGCAAACCUAGAGGCAGAGUCGCUGUCCCUUGACGAAGAAGAGGAGACAUUCUGGAGGGAGCGGAACGCCUUUGCUUUGGAGCUAUCUUCAUUUCAAAACGAGCGAGAUGCUUUGACUGCAGCUCACGAACACGAUGCGGAACAGCUCGAGCAGUUGAGGCGCACCAACGUCUACAAUGAUGCGUUACACAUCACCCAAGACGGUACUUUUGCGACGAUCAAUGGAUUGCGAUUAGGGCGUCUACAGAAAUACGCAGUAGACUGGGCUGAGAUCAAUGCAGCCUGGGGUUACGCGGCCUUACUGCUAGCAACAGUAGCGGAGAAACUUGGUUUCACGUUUCGUGGAUAUACAAUCAAACCUCUGGGAAGCACAUCAUACAUCGAAAGGGAAGAAAUUGCAUCGCCCCAAAACUCUCUAUUCAGAGAAGGGCAGUCAACAACGGCUCAUGAUAGGAGUACGACCACGACCACGAAGCUUGAGCUGUGUUCUUCUGGCGAUGUACCCAUAGGUGCCGCCCUCUAUCAUAGAAACAUCAACGCUGCUAUGGUAGCGUUUCUUGAAUGCGUCCGUCAGCUCAACGAGCAUGUCGAGAACCUUGAUAUGGAGGCUCCGUCCACGAGGUUGAUGGAAGCCAUGAAAAUACCGUACAACAUCAAGAAUGACAAGAUCGGUAGUGAUACGAAAGCGUAUGUGAGCAUCAAACUGCAUGGAACUAACGACAAGGAGUGGACCGAAGCUUGCAAGUUCACGUUGACGAAUUUUUACAGACUCAUGACCGUCGGCAAAGAAAGUAUGCACUGCGAGAUCUGCCAUCGGCCUGCAACCAGUGGAUUGCCCUUCAACUGCGAGCUCUGCGCUCAACUAGCGGUUUACAAGCCUCGGGUUGCGUUGGCCGAGUCAUUGCUCAAGAACGAGGGCCUAGAGAAGGAUGUCGAAAAACAGACUACAGAUCCACAGCAUGGCGAGAAGACAAGCUCUGAGCUCAGUCCUGAGUGGAAAAUCGAGCAGGUUGAAGCAGAGACAGAUCGUUCCUACACCACGAGGGAAGACAUCAUGGCUGAGGUAAAAGCUCUGAGAGGAGAAAUACAGCACAUGAAGUUAAAUAUCGCCAAAAGAAAAGCACUGUUGGUCCGACGUCGAAAAGAUCAAGCAUCCGCUCGGCAAGAGCUAAAGGGAGGACAAAUUAAAGGGAAACCCGCACUCGAAGAGGACAUUGCACAAAUAUCUCAAGACUGGGAGCUUCUUAAUCAGCGUAUCAUGAAGGAAAGAUCGGUUCGUUGCUUCAAAAUGGCGGAGUUGUUCGCUCUCCAACGACACAAGCAACAAAAGAGCUCACGCUCUAGAGAUAUAUACAUGAUAGGCUACAUUCCCAUUCCAGAUCUCAGAGAGCUGAACGGUAUCAAGCCGGAGGAAGUCACGACGUGUCUCUCCCACAUCGCACACCUGGUCUACAUGACCGCUUUCUACUUAUCUCUGAAGCUUCCCGCCGAAAUCCUCCUUCCUACUUCGAAGUACCCAGACCCUACAAUUCUGUCUCCGAACGUCUCCUACACCACAAAAGAUCCAAUACUACCAACACCACCGCAUUCCAAAAAGAGUAGCCCGGUUGCCUCUCGUCACCUUGACCACAGCAACCAGCCUCGAGCCCGCCCUCUCUUCCUAAUCAAACGACUCUGUGAUCUUGCCAAAGACAACCCUCGCGACUACGCAUACGUGAUCGAAGGCAUUACUCUCCUAGCAUGGGACAUAGCCUGGCUAUGCCGAACCCAAGGUCUAGACAUCGGCACGAAGUCUUGGGACGAAGUCUGUGCAAUAGGAAAGAACCUAUACGACUUACUCGUCUCCCCACUCUCCCCACGCAAAACCCUCCCCAACUCUGCUCAGAAUCCUCCACAGCCCCCAACCACCAAGACCCCUACAAAGCCUGAAGACAUCACCUCUCCACCACCUCCACCACCUCACUUCUCCCACGGCUCCGCCUAUGCCUUCCUCAGCGCCUCCCGCGGCACAGAAUACAUGCGUGAGUGGAGACUCGCGAAUCCUGUCAAAGUCAUCGACCGGGUGAAGACCAUGCUGCUGGCGGAGAGGACAGGCUCGGAAUGGGAGAUUCUGGAAGGUAAAGAGUGGGCAGAAGAGGAUAUGAAGGGCCCUAUGAACGGAGCAUAUGGGGCGUAUGUGGAGGGCAAGGUUGAUGUGGCGAGACUGGAGUCUCCUGGAGAUGUCCGUACCCCCGGGGUGAAGGCUGGCCCAAGCCAUGUGAAUAGGGUGGAAAGGGGAAUUAAGGGGUAUUAUGUUGCCAGACAGAGAUGA